AUGAAUUUCUCGGCCUUCGGCGGGCCCUUUUCCGGCAUUCAUCAGUUUGCUGCUAAGUUCGGUAGCAACGAUGGCGCAUUUACGAGCACUAACAGUCCCGGAAAUGGGGCGGCUGGCGCUGGAAAUGGAUCCGGGCUGGGGACCGGAAGCGGGACAGGCGGGACGAACAAUCUUGGCCAGCAGCAGGACCUGAACCGGUACCACGGUGGUACGAAUGGGAACCAUUUCAAUCAGAAUACUACCUCAAUGGUUAAUGCACCGAUGUCUUAUGGUCAAAACAUUUCCCAUGCUUACGGGACAACAAAUCAGCAGCCGGCGAACGAUCACUCUUUCGGCAACGGAAACGCCACGAUGGGCAACAACGAUCACCAGGUGAAGGUUCCGAAAGGAGGAAACACCCUCAAGGUAGACCGCGACGAAAUGAUCAACCAGCAGAUACUGCAAAAUGUCAACCAAUCUUGGCAGACACUCACCAACCCAUCGAACACGGUUGAUUACUCGUCUCACCUGCUGUCGGCCACGUUGCCCAUUUCGAUCCAGCACUUCCUGAAGUACUCGGAAACGAUCAAGAAGGAAUCAAAUGGAUCAGUUGGCGGAUCGGGAUUAAACUCGCCCGGACCACUGAGCGGGCUGAUCGGGGUCGAAACGAAUGCAUUCAACGUCCAAAAGGAUUUACUGAACCUGAAGAACGGUUCCAAUCUCAAUCUGGCCCUGGGCAAUGUGGCCGUCAGUGCGGCAGCUGCCAGCCUUGGGUUGAACCAUCAGCAACUGGCGCAACAUCAUCAUCAGCAACAGCAGCAACAACAGCAGAUGCAUCAACAUGGCGCAAACCAUCAUACAGAUAAUGGAUUUGCCAGUCAGCAGCAACCAUCGCUCGCCAACAAUCUUACAAAUGGUGCCAAUGGUGGUGGCCAAACGGUCGUCAGUUCCGAUGCGCACAACUCUAGCAGCAGCACCGUCAAUGGAGCCACGGUAAAUGGGGAGGAAGUGGUCCCGCCGGCCACAACCGGUAAGACGAAGACGAAAAAACAGAAGAAACGUAAACCACCGAAGGAGAAGAAACCACGCCCGAAGCCGGGCCAGAUCCGGGAAACGCAAGCCCUCGAUGGCUCACCGUUGUUCUGCUGUCCCGAGUGUCAGAUGGCCUACCCGGAGCGUGGCCUGAUAGAGCAGCACGUCAUUUCGCACGCCGUUGAGCGGCGCUUCGUGUGUGACAUUUGCAAUGCCGCCCUGAAGCGCAAGGAUCAUCUGACGCGUCACAAAUUAUCGCACAUUCCCGAUCGACCUCAUAUCUGUAGUAUUUGUCUGAAAUCCUUCAAACGAAAGGAACAACUUACGCUCCACAUUGUAAUUCAUACGGGCGAAAAGAAGCACAUAUGUGGCGAGUGUGGAAAAGGAUUCUACCGUAAAGAUCACCUUCGCAAGCAUACCCGUUCGCACAUAGCACGGCGCGUGAAAUCGGAAAUGUCCGCCUCCAAUGGCACUACCGGUGGAAGUGGUAGCGGUACGGCGGGGAGCAACAGCGCCGCUCAGAAUAGCAGUGCGUUGUCGGGAUCGCUGAUGGCCACCAACAUGCAAGGGGCACCGGUAACAGCCUCCUGAGGGUCGUACAAGGACUUCUGGUAAGGUGUGAGUGUGUUGUUUGAUUAGCCCUGUUUCUGGUAUUACGUUGGCACGUGUUUUUGCUGGGCGAAGGAGUAGAAUUUGCGAGAGAAACAACUAAAGCAGAUUGCUUGGCUGUCCAUACUUCUUGAGAUUUGACGGUUUUGGUAGUCAACCUUAUGAAUCUGACAAGUUUAGUCGGUAUUCUAAACGGCUCGAUACAAUUAAACACCAGUUAUGGCAUUAUGUGCGGCUUAAACAAAUCUUUCACAAAUAUUUUCAGCACUAGUACGUGCCUUCCUGAAACCAAGGCGGGAAAUUAACAACAACCUAUUAAACCUUACCAAAAGUCAAGACAAUCUACUGUUGUUUCAAUGUUCUACCUUUGAGAUCAUGGAUCAUGGAAGGUAUUAUUUUGAAAAGCACAAUCGAAGGUAGGUCGGAGACGUGUAACGAAACCCAUUCUUCAUUCCAAUUAAUUUAUUACGACCACACUUUUCCUGGGUACUUUACCAUCGACUUGUUUCGAAAAAUCAUUCCAACAAAUUUAUCUUUAUUUAUUUUAUUUAAAUUAACCAUCACAAGAGUUAAUAAAAACGUAGACGAAACGGUCCAUCAAACGAAAACCAAUUUCACGAAUCUCUCCUUCCAUCGGUGUAUGAUCUUAUAAAAUACAAGCUACGUAAAAAGCGAGGUGCAAAAAGGUUUGAAGCGGAAGGUGCAAACAAAAUCGCAUUGCUUUCGGAUUCGAUGAGUAACUUAAAAUUCUGAACGGGAACCGCUUCGCCAACGCGCGGGGCACGGUCCCGAGCCUAAGCAAAGCAGCAAUAAUUUUAAAUCCUCAAUGGAUGUACAUGCUUGAAGAAACCGAAUAAGAUAGUAUAUGUAACAGGGCUCGUGUGAACCGUUUAUGUUUGAGGGACGCCAUUUCUUCCUAGAAACAUUUCAUAAAUUGGCAUAACCGCUUAGAAAAGGAAUGCAGGAAACAGAAGAACAAACAAAACAUUAUUGGUAUUGAACGACAACCGGACAAAGCAAACACUAUCAGGGAAUGAUUACACACAAAUAAGAUGAUAAUCGAAGUUAUGAUGCAAACAGACAAGACUAGCAAGAGCGGAGAGAAAAGUAUUUUGUUUAUUUUUGAACAGAUGGUACACUCGCAACAGAAGAUAAUUGAAGGAAAAAGAAAAAGAAUAUAUUCUCUUUAAAGGAAAGGCAUACAUAUUAUAUAUUAUAUAUAUUAAAACACAAAGGUAUAUAUAAAUAUAAAUAUAUUUUGUAUUCGAUAUUGGACGAUACGAUUUGCCACUACACGAAAAUUUAGAAGAAGGUAAAUAGAUGCGUGUGCGUAUGCAAAUGCAUACCGACUUAAAAUUAUUCAGUCUGAAUUUAAUUACUUAGCAUCAGUGGAGAGCAUUGAAAUGAUUAAAACUGGAAAAUGGAUGCUGCAUUUUGCAACCGAACAAGAAGUAAAGUAUGAUGACCUGCCUGCCGCACAGUAAAGCAAAGGAAAGGAAGAGGGGGAGUCCGCUGGAACACUGCACCUGAAAACUCCUACCCGAAGGUGUUACCAAUAAAUAGUACCAAAGUAUGUACGAAAGCGAAUGCUACCUACCUUUUUGAAGCUACAAACUUAUUCCACAGCCCGUUGAAAAAGAAAUAUAUAUACAUCUAUAUAUAAAAACAAAAUACAAACUAAUGGCAAACAAAACACGUCGUAAAUAUGAAUCUAAAGUACAAAGGAAUAAAAGAACAAGCAAAUUUCACCCAGAAUACGCAAUACGAUUUCCGUUUGAUGGUGAAUCUAUCAAACCUUCUAACUGCAAACCUUCCUAAAACAACAAAAUUUAUAUUUUACUAAUGCUAAUCGCUAGCAACUGUUGAUGGCCAAUAGAUGGACCGUUGUGGAAAUGCACCGGAAGCCGAAGCGGAAGCGGAUGGCGGGCGGCGGUGGUACCGCCGAUGGAAGAUGGUCCUGGAAAAGGGUAUUGAUAUUUCCGUGUUGAAUGUUGAUGCAAUAGUCUCUAGUCAGCAGCAGAUACCUUAGCCCGUAAGUGUAUACCCGCAGAUGCAAGUAUACUUUAACACGAAACACAAACACACACCGUAAAGGGGGUGAUUUUUAAACAGCAUAACACAUUAAAACAAAAACAAAACAAAAAAAAAAUUCGAGAAAGUAAGAUAUAACAUUAUGUAACGAAACUAAAGAUGAAUACUAAAGAACUAGAGCGUAAGUGCGUUUAAGGUAGUUCACGGAGGAUUGUAUAAGAGCAUAGCUUCCACCGAGAGACACACGUUCAUGGACUGUCGAAGGAAGAACUGAUCAAACGAGACAAAAUUAAAAAAAAAAAAAACUAUGAAUUUCGAAUGUGAUUCCGAGCCCCGAGACCGCCAUACAUCAG